AUGGGGCUACGGAACAUUUUUCGAUCGGCUGUUUCUCUACUUCUCGUGUUCCUUUACGUCUCGACUCCAACCAAUGCUGCAGUGAAGAAGUACCAAUUCAACAUUCAAGUAAGCAGUGUGAGCAGAUUGUGCCAUGCGAAGCCGAUCGUCACGGUUAACGGACAAUUUCCGGGCCCCACCGUGUACGCCCGAGAAGGCGAUCGUGUUAUAAUCAACGUCACGAAUUUCGCGCAGUACAACAUGUCAAUUCACUGGCAUGGAUUGAAGCAAUAUCGCAACGGUUGGGCAGACGGGCCCGCAUACAUAACUCAAUGCCCGAUUCAAACGGGCCGAAGCUACACUUAUGAUUUCAACGUGACGGGACAAAGAGGAACUUUGUGGUGGCACGCGCACAUCUUGUGGCUGAGAGCCACCGUUUAUGGCGCGAUCGUAAUAAUGCCCGAGCAAGGAAAACCGUAUCCUUUUCCGCAGCCCGAUUUCGAACACAACCUAGUAUUAGGGGAAUGGUGGAACGAGGAUGUCGAGACCCUCGUCAAACAAGGAGAAAAGCUCGGUGUUCCACCGAAACUCUCGGAUGCGCACACGAUCAACGGCAAGCCGGGCCCACUCUUCCCAUGCUCCGAGAAAUAUACUUACGCGAUCGAAGUCGAGCAAGGCAAAACGUACCUACUCCGCAUCGUCAACGCGGCACUCAACGACGAGCUCUUCUUCGCGGUCGCCGGCCACACGCUGACGGUCAUCGUGGCCUCGUUGAACAACAUAACCUUCGUGAUGCCGCGAACCGCGCUUCUACAAGCGCAUUACUACAAACUACGAGAUGUUUACACGCCCGAUUUUCCCGAUCGGCCCACGAUCCCGUUCAACUACACGGGGGCCCCGUUGACCGCGAACCUCCAAACGAACGUGGGCCCGCGGCCGCGGAUAAGUUGGAUAAAAUUCAACUCGACGGUCGAGCUCGUGGUACAAGACACUAACCUUUUGACGGUCGAGUCCCACCCGUUCCAUCUUCACGGGUACAACUUCUUCGUGGUCGGGACGGGGAUCGGGAAUUUCGACCCGGUUAACGACCCGAAGAAGUACAACUUGGUCGACCCGCCGGAGAGGAAUACGGUCAGCGUGCCGACCGGCGGCUGGGCCGCCAUAAGAUUCAGGGCUGAUAAUCCAGGUGUGUGGUUUUUUCAUUGUCAUUUGGAGGUUCAUACAGGGUGGGGAUUGAAGACAGCAUUUGUGGUGGAAAAUGGACCUCAUAAAGAACAUUCAGUUUUGCCUCCACCAAAAGAUCUUCCAGCUUGUUAA